UUGUAGAGAUACACACCGCAGUUCUUUCUCAUGUAUUGAGUGACCAUUUUAUACACAGACACCAGCCAUGAACAGUGGAACUUUACAGAAACAAACUGUCUUUAAAUCUGAAGAGGGACGUGUGUACAGGAUUCCUGCUCUUUUCUAUGAAACCAAAAGUGAAACUAUUCUUGCCUUUGCAGAGCGACGGGAGACUGCAGCUGAUACCUCUACUGAAAAGCUGGUUGUGGCAAAAGGAAAGGUAUCCUGCAGUGAGAGGAGUAUUCAGUGGACAGAGCCUGAAGAAGUGAAAGAGGCCUGUAAGCAUCACCACCGUCCCAUGAACCCCUGCCCAGUGUAUGACAAGAAAAACAGCAAACUCUUCCUGUUUUUCAUCUGUAUCGAGGGCAAACUCUCAGACUGGGACCAGAUAGAUAAGGGCACCAACAAGACCCGUCUCUGCUACAUCACGAGUGAGGAUCACGGAGAUAACUGGAGUGAGGAGGUGACGGAUUUGACGGACAAACUGGACGAAAUUAAGGACUGGGCCACCUUUGCAGUUGGGCCAGGCCAUGGUCUUCAAACAGAGUCUGGUAGAUUGAUUGUUCCUGUUUAUGGCUACCCGAAGAAUGAUCGUUCACAUGCACUCGCCCUGUACAGUGAUGAUUCAGGUGUCAAUUGGCAGUUUGGGAAAACGCUUCUAACAAAUUCAGUUGAAUGUGAAAUGGCAGAGGUUUUUGAUGAAGGAAACAAAAGCAUCAUCUACUGCAAUGCCCGUAGUGAGGGCAGCUAUCGAGUGGAGGCUGCCAGUGGAAAUGAUGGAGGUGAUUUUUUCCAGCUUUGUGGUGCUGUGAAGCUUGUUGAAACAGGUGGAGGUUGUCAGGGAAGUGUGGUCUCCUUUCCAGCUCAAAGUGAAGGUGAAAAUGCAGAGGGGGAGCAAAGAGAGAACCAGAACAAGUGGCUGCUCUUCACUCACCCAAGUGACAAGUCUGAAAGGAUUAAUUUAGGAGCGUAUCUGAACAAAUCCCCAAAGUCUCCAAGUGCAUGGAGCAAACCCUGGAUCAUUCACCAUGGACCCAGUGGUUACUCAGACCUGACUUACAUUGGUGGUGGUUGGUUUACUUGUCUAAUGGAGUGUGGGGAGAAAAAGGAAACUGAGCAGAUAGCCUCUGUGGUUUUUAGCUACGACGACAUUGAGCAACGCAUUAGAGACUCAUGUCCUUAACUGACUUGACGCCUUUUGUUGCUGUAAAACCAUAAGUGACAUGUUGUCUUCCACAUAUGAAAAUUCUACGUAACUUGUUGUUCCAUACAGGUAAUACUACAGCACUGAAAAGCUAAGCAGAACCAAUGAACAUAUACAUAUAUACAACAGUUAUAUUUAAAUGCUGUAUCCUUUAAGAUAAUUAACAGCCAUAUACAAAUACAGUUUCAGUUACAUUGUAUUUAAUUUUGAUUUCAGCUCAAACAACCAUUAAAAUUAUGCGUGAUAUUGUACUGACAUCUUAAACUUUAUUUCUCUAUUGUACUAUUGUAGUUUGUGUUGUUUAUCAAAUGUAAAGAAUUAAAUAUAUUUUACAAAUUAAAUUCUGUUAUAACAGGUGUCUUGACUAGUUAAAAUAAAUAUUGAACAAUCUGUUUUGUUUGACAUGAGACUUUAUUCUCGAUAGCUAAGAGAAAGUGCAUCUUGUUUUUCGCAUAUGGAGCCACAAUCUCGCA